UCGUGUCUGAUACUUCUGCACGUGGGAGAUACGUACGAGUACGCGUUGCAACGUUCGCGUGCAUGCUUUCGCUUACAAUUUACAAGGACGCACACAGAGACACACACGAUGGGCCGACCAGGUUUUUCAGGAUUUUCUCCAAGAGGCGGAGGCUUCAACAGCAGAGGGGGUGGAGGCAGAGGGGGCGGUUUCCGCGGGGGCGGGGGAGGAGAGAGAGGAGGCUUCCGAGGGGGUCGUGGCCGCGGCGGCGGACGGGGAGGCUCCAGAGGGGGGUUCACCCCAAGAGGUAGAGGCGGACCGAGAGGAGGAAGAGGUGGGCGAGGGGGCGGGAUGAGAGGCGGCAAGAAGGUCUUUGUAGAGCCGCAUCGGUUGGAGGGAGUCUUCAUCGCCCGCGGCAAGGAGGACGCCCUGGUCACCAGGAACCUGGUGCCCGGGGAGACGGUGUACGGGGAGAAGAAGAUCGCUGCUGAGGAAGGCGAAGUCAAGACAGAGUACCGAGCCUGGAACCCCUUCCGAUCCAAGCUGGCGGCGGCCAUCUUAGGGGGCAUCGACAAGAUCCACAUGAAACCAGGGUCGAAGGUCCUGUACCUGGGGGCAGCCUCGGGCACCACGGUCUCACACGUCUCGGACAUUGUUGGGCCCGAGGGCCUCGUCUACGCCGUGGAGUUCUCCCACCGUUCGGGGCGCGACCUCAUCAACGUCGCCAAGAAGCGAACCAACAUCAUCCCCAUCAUCGAAGACGCCAGACACCCGCACAAAUACCGAAUGCUGGUCGGGAUGGUCGACUGCAUAUUUGCGGACGUGGCACAACCCGACCAGGCGCGCAUCGUCGCCAUCAACGCUCACAGCUUCCUGAAGAACGAAGGAAACUUUGUCAUCUCAAUCAAGGCCAACUGCAUCGAUUCCACCGCCCAGCCGGAGGUCGUCUUCGCGGGCGAGGUUAAGAAGCUCCAAGCGGAGAAGCUGAAGCCGCAGGAGCAGCUGACGCUGGAGCCGUACGAGCGAGAUCACGCCGUGGUGGUAGGCGUCUACAGACCGCCUCCCAAGAAGAAGUGAUCUUCCUCCCAGCAACUGCUGUCUCUAAUCUUCAGGCCCGCUGUUUUAACCAGUACAUUUUGUUUUUGUUUUUUUUUCCCCUGAAUUUUUCCGUAACAUCCCUUUCCUGGUUUUGUCCUUGUAAAUCUCUUCAUUUUUCAUUGUAAAGAUGUGAUUGUUCCUUUUGGCCCUGUAUGGAGCGCAGUUUUCGUAGUUAUUCAUGUAACGUUUCUGACUUCUAAUAGCAAAAUGAAAAGGCCUGCUUAGUCCAUGUCCCAAUGAUGUGGCUGCAUCUUGAACUUGUACACGCUUCUAUGGGAAGUGGUUUCAGCCGUCACCAUACACUCGUCCAUAUAAAAGCCGCAGCCAGGUAAUUCAGACACUGCUGUGUUCCACCCUCAACAUUUUUAUUGAGCAGUUGAACACCGAGGAUACCUGCAUAGCACAAACCGGUUACCAACCAAUAUCCCGUAUGAUACGCACGCUUAUUGACCAGCGCCUACCACAUUUAUGCGAAAGCUCAGAGUUUGUGCUAAAGGCCUCAUUAAAAUAAUAUUGAGCUUAUCAUCAGCACCACCAUCUGAAAAAAAUGAGGGCAUCCAUUCGUUUUUAGUUGAAAUAUCAGAAACUUUAUUUAAACAAAUUAUCCAGCAAAUUUCAUGGCGACGUUGUUAGAAAUGAGUGUUUCAAGUUGGAAUCACUUUCUGGAUGGUAGCAGGAUGACAGUAUUGUUUCUACCUGCCUCAAAAGGCGCGGUACUCCCCCCCCCCCCGAUAUUUCAGCCUAGCGAUUUGAAAUAUUCCCAGGCCAUUACUUGUCGGCAGAAGCAGGGUGCCACAUACCUCACCAUCAUCCAAUUUCCAAUUUGGGGACUUCAAACUACAUUGGAGGCAAAUUAAAAUACCUUGGGGCAAACAAAAAUGCAUGGCUCGUUGAACUUUAGAAAAGGUUCGGACGGGAAACCAAGAUUUUGUUUUAUUUGGCCCAGGCACGACUUUCUACUUCUUCUGUUUGAUUCACCAUUACUUAAGACCCGGCUCAAGUUUGGCUGGUAAUUCACCUUGCACCUCAACAGAAUUUGGAUGUGAAUGUCGCUGGUACUCUGUCUCACCAAGGAAUGGCAACCAUAUUUUUUAAAAGACGUCAGUCUUGAGUGACAGUUUCCAGGAGAAAGAGUCACACUCACAGAAAUUACAUGUAAUGCUUCGAUGUGACUAGCGAGGAGAUGAAGUUAACAUUUCUUCAACAAGCUGGUGUAAAAUUGUUCAUUAUUUGCAAAACAGACAUUAUUCUUGUGAUAAGUAAUAAACGAUCACUGAGUUUUCAGAAUUAAACCU